AUGCGGCUGAGCCAGUUCGACAUCCAAUUCAAGCCUAGACCCGCUAUCAAGGGGCAGGCACUGGCUGACUUUAUAGUUGAGUGUACUGCCUGGGAGGCCACGGAGCGGGUCCCGAACGAAGACGAGGAGUGGUGGACCCUUUCAACGGACGGAUCCUCCAGCACCAAAGGCUGCGGAGGAGAAGUCGUCCUCAUAAACCAGGAAGGGUUUCAGGCCUAUUACGCCAUCCGCUUCGCAUUCAAAUUAUCCAAUAAUGAAACCGAGUAUGAGGCGCUCCUGAGAGGGCUGUGUCUCGCACUAAACAUGAGGGUCGAGAAGCUCAAAAUCCGAUGUGACUCUAGGCUCUUGGUGGGACAGGUCAUAGGUGAAUUUGAAGCAAGCGAUGAAAGAAUGAGGAGCCGUGUGGCCGUGUGCUACCCUCAAACAAAUGGGCAGGUGGAGAACGCCAACCGCACAAUAGUGGAUGGCCUGAAGAAGAAACUAGAAUCGGCGGGGGGAGCGUGGGUGGAGGAGCUUGACGCUAUUAUUUUGGCGUAUCGCACCACCCCCCGGAGGGCCACCGGGGAGACACCUUUCUCCUUGGCCUACAGUUUAGAAGCCCUAGCUCCAGCAGAGGCAGUCAUACCUUCCCGCCGGGAUGAGGAUUACGACGCCGACACGAACGACGAGUACCAUAGAGCCGACCUCCACCUGGUCGACGACAUGCGCGAAGCGGCUGCGAUCUGA